AUGAUUAAAAGCAUUCGCUGUUUGAAGUACAUUGCCCCCGCUAUAUUUCCUAAAAACAUCGCUUAUCCAAUCUAUAUACGAAAAAUGGCAUCAGCAGCUAACGUCCCAGUUGUGGAUAUUGAUCCUGAAGGUGUUUUUAAAUACAUAUUAAUUAAUUUGUAUGACAAGAACCUAAGUGAAAGCGAACCUCAAAAAGUCUUAGUCAGAGGCUAUAAACGAUGCAAUUAUCAUUCUGAUAUUUUUGAUGAGGUUCAAGCUAAGCUGUCACCACUGGAUUGUGAACCCCUUGGAGGUGGCAGGAUAUCUCAUGAUCCAGAAAAUAAGAAAAUACACAUAUAUGGCUAUUCCCAAGGUUAUGGCAAAGCAGACCAUGAAAUAACAGCUAAGCUAGUUAAGGAGGCCUACCCAGCUUAUACUAUAUCCAUCAGCGAUGAAGGUCUGCAACCUUCUUCAGAAUGCCCAUGCAAGUGA